UAGGUCUGUCAGCCUUGCAGCGCGCCGUCUCCUCGAUGCCGACUUCCGUGACUUCACGAGACCCGUGGUCACCAGCCCCGCGAUCCAAGGACUGGGACGAUGCCACUUGAUCCUUUCCCUUUCACGAUCCUCCAAACGGAGUAAACAACCCUUGUGCAUUUGCAUGUCCUGCCCCGAGAACAGGGCGGCACUUGAGGCAUUUUUGACAGUGCCCUCCCUUCAGGCUUAACGAUUUAAUAUCUCCUCUGAAGGACACAGUCGCAGAAUCAACACGUCUAUUUUUGCCGAAUCGGCAGAUUCAGGCAAUAGUUUCAGCCUUUCCUCUCGCAUAUUUUGUGAGAUCUUCCGUCAUGGGUCAUAUACCAGACGAUCCAGCUCCGUCAUACGAAGAGUCAGUGUCCUCCAGGCCGUUCAGCGGGACCGACAGCAAACAUGCGCCGGACUUUCAACCUGCAAUGCCUCUUGCUGCUCAACUUGCCAACACUCGGACUCGGCGCAUCAACGCGAUCCUUGAGACAUACGUUGAUCCGCUGCUCAUAUCACAAGGCGUGGCAGGGCUCUACAAGACAAUAUUCAUCCUUGUACCGUCUACGGUCUCCAGUCUCCAAGAUGCCGUCAGUAACGCCUACACUCAACCACCAGAGCCCCAGGUCGUCGGCUUCCCCGCCAACGAAGUGGUCAAACUCAUUCGAUUGAAAGGUGAAGAAUAUGCUAUGGAGUUUUGGCGACAGCCAGCGGUCGUCGCAGAGCUGGAAUCCUCGAUGAAGGCAAGACUUGUGUCUUCGGGGCACAGACUGUUCGAGCCGAGCGACGUUCCGGCGGUGAACCCGGAGCCCUCUCCCAAGGUUCAGGAAACAAGGAAGGUGGGGUUUUGGGGGAAAAUAAGGGGAAGGGGGGUUAAUGACGACGAGAUAGAGGACCGAAAGCUUGGUUGGCGGGCCGAGGAGCCACAGGCUGAAGGCUCUCCGGGAAGGAUUCCUACCGGCCUGGUCAAGGUUUCUGUGCAAUGGAAAGAGAUUGCAUUGCGGAUUGCAAAUGACAUGGGCCUCUAUGAGAGUAAGCGGGGUCCUGCUUUGUGUAUCGUCGUUGAAGUAGGGACGUAGUACGAGCGAUGACCUCAAUUGAGGUGUCCCAUCCCAUGGGUCCGUGUGUAGCCCUUUCCAUGGAGCAAUGAAAGAGACUUCCCAGCACCUUCACGGUCCGAUUUGUCUUUUUGGCUUUCAUUCCAAGCAUUUCAACGUUCCGGCUCCUGGCCCCAUUGGACCCCAGGUCACGUGAAAUUCUAACUUUCUUCGAAGGUUUUCUAUGGUGGGAUGUUUGGAAGCGUUUCGACCGAGGGGUAACAGCCGCGAGAGUGUUGACAUUAGCGAGAGUGCCUUGGGUGUUUUACAUUGUAUAUUAAGGUAAGCUUUAAUAUAUUGAGUUAUUGAAA